AUUCCUCAUCGCGGCACGCGUACCUCUGUACCACACCUCAUCAUGCACAAUGUAGAUUGUGGACGUCGAAUCGAUCGUUAGGCGGAUGCAGUCUACUCGUCACGGCGAGCAUGAUUUGGAGAUAGCAAAAGCAUUCGACGCCAAUGCAAGCAGCUCGACCAAUGAAGCCUGCCGCUGGACUGAUUCGUGCAUGAAUGGACACACCGAGUAAGUUCCACGUCGAUCUUGCGAAGCAAGGGACGGGCAAGACAUCCAUUUGAGCUCUUCCCCUCGUUUCAGCUAGGUCCGAACACGACUUUAUGUCGCGUCGUGUUUUGGAGAUACACCGCGUGUCCUAUGCAUCAUCCUGUCGAGUCCCUUUUUGACAGUUGACUUCUUUCGACGACAAUGGAGAUCCCCACAGAGGCCAUCGAACUCCAGGAGAAGGAGCUUCAAGCAAACCAUACGAAGGAUGGGUCAAUUAAGGGCUUCGCGCCGCAAGACAUGGCGGAUAUGCGUCGUAUGGGCAAAGACCAGGAGUUCCGAAGAAACUUCAAGGUCAUUUCGAUCAGCUCGUUUAGCGUUAUCACGAUGAUGGGAUGGGUCUUCAUACCAAUCAACGCACCGACUCUGAUCGAAGUUGGCGGAACGGGCACAAGCAUUGUUGUUUUUAUUGCGAACUUUGUGGGAUUCUUGACCGUGGUGCUCAGCCUUGCGGAGAUGUCGUCGAUCGCGCCGACGGCUGGUGGGCAAUACCAUUGGACAUCCGAAUUUGCCCCGCCGAGUAUCCAGAAGUUCACCAGUUAUAUGUCUGGCUGGCUUUCUUCACUUUCCUGGUUGGUUGGAGUGGCCAGUGCCAUGUUUCUCGCCGGCAACCUCAUCCCCUCCUUGAUCUCGUUGACGCAACCCAACUUCGUACCGACACCUUGGCAAGGCUAUCUCUUCGUUGUCGCCAUUUGUGCCACCAGCUUCCUCAUCAACGGUUUCCUGGCCAAGCAUCUGCCGCUGCUCGAAGGCUUCGUCCUCUGCUUCACCAUCCUUGCGUUCUGCUCCAUAAUCAUCGUGCUGUUGACGCUGAGUCCCAAGCUGAGCGGGAGUGAGGUCUUUCAGACUUUCACUCCUGCGUCAGAGCUCAAGACGAGUGGCACAUUGAGCCUGAUUUCUGCGCAGACGCUGCUGUUUUACUCGUUCUUGGGUAGCGACUCGACGGCGCAUAUGGCUGAGGAGACAGAUCAUGCCGCUACUGUAAUUCCAAAGGCAAUGGUCACGAGCUACACGGUUGUCAGCGUGCUCAACUUCGUCACGCUCAUCGUCGUCUGCUUCUGUUGGGUCGAUCCCAAAGCGUACGAGAAUUCCAAGACCGGGUACGCAUUUUUGGGGCUUUUCAUGACCGCCACGGGUUCAGCACGAGGAGCGACGGCCCUCACGAGUAUCAUGAUCAUCCUGAUCAUUCUGAGCGUGACAAAUUUCAUGGCUUCCACUUCGCGACAGGUCUUUGCGUUCGCUCGGGACAACGGUCUUCCAUUCCCUCGCUGGGUGUCGAAAGUUAAUGCUCGCACGCUUACGCCCAUCAAUGCGUUGAUUGUCGUCUUUGUGUUUGUCAUUUUGAUCUGCUUGAUUGGAUUGGGAAGUGUGGUCGCCUUCAACGCCAUCGUGUCUCUCCAAGUCAUGGCACUGGCAGGGACAUACGAAGUCUCCCUCAUGUCGCUCAGCUGGCGUCGCGUGUUCGGCAGGCCGCUUCCGUCAUCCCCGUGGUCUUUAGGCCGUCUAGGCCUACCGAUGAAUUUGGCAGCGGUACUGUACGGACUCUACCUGCUCACGUUUGCGGCCACCCCGGGCUUCUACCCCGUCAAUGUGCAGAACUUCAAUUGGGCGCCGGUAAGUCGAGUGCUGUUCAGAAGGUUGUAUGAAGCAGAUAUGUACUGACUGACGCUCGACAGGUCAUGUUCGUGGGUGUGAUGGCGCUGAGUCUAGUGUAUUAUCUCUUCUGGGCGAGACGGCUCUAUGACGGUCCAGUCGUGUACUGCACGCGGUGGUGAGGUAAUAGUUGGUGGUUUUCGCUGGGAAAGGGAUCGGAGAUGCGAGCACUUAGUCAGCCUGGCACUCUACUACGACUUCGAUGUAACGAGGCGGCCCUCCUUCUUGCAUGAACACCAAGUCCUCGAUUCAUUGGAGUUGCAUGUGAAACACCCUCUUGCUCUAUGGCCACUUCAGGAUGGCUGGCUUGGUCACUUUCCGGCGUAUCGUGUGAGCGACGAGCCAGCAGAUUCGAACAUCCCAUGGUAAGCAAGGCACCAAAUGAACCACCGCGGUCCACGCCCAUGCUUCCAUAAUGCCACCGAAUCUUCAACUUCGCAUUCUCCUUCCUUAUCUUACUCUUCCUU